CGCAUCUGAAACGCGAAUUAUACGACAGCAACCGAGCCGAACCAGCCAACAAACCAUUGCGAUUGUUCCACUGAGAAAGUCAAUUUUUUUUUCUUUCCAAUCAAUCUUGAAGACAGCUCUCACUCUUUUUUUCCUUCGUCAUCCCGAUACUCGAUUUGGUGCGUGUAAACGUUGAACAUUACGUUUGACUUGGCGAAAAUCUUGUAAUUAUAAAUACAAAAGACGCGAAAAAAGUAAAAAAAAAAAAAAAAUAUUGUCAAUUAGUGUUUGGAAUUUUUUUUUUUCAUCGCACAAUUCCAAAUUCACCUCGUUCGAUCCGAAUUACUGUUCAUUUUUUUUUGUAGUCGCAAGAGCAUAGAUAAAAUUUUGUGUGUCGCUAUCGAUAAUCCAUAGUGUAAAGUAAAGCGAAAAGAAGAAGAAAAAAAAAAUGGAUGAGGAAUACGAUGCAAUUGUAUUGGGCACUGGCUUGAAAGAAUGUAUCCUGAGUGGUAUGUUGUCGGUGUCUGGUAAAAAAGUGCUGCACAUCGAUCGCAAUAAGUAUUAUGGGGGUGAAACUGCAUCGAUUACACCAUUGGAAGAUCUUUUUUCGCGUUUCAAUCAAACCGAACAAUUCAGCGAAAAGUAUGGCCGUGGCCGUGAUUGGAAUGUCGAUUUGAUUCCAAAGUUUUUGAUGGCGAAUGGCUUAUUAGUGAAAUUGCUAAUUCAUACGGGCGUGACCCGUUAUUUAGAAUUUAAAUCGAUUGAAGGUAGCUAUGUGUACAAAGGUGGAAAAAUCUCUAAAGUUCCCGUCGACCAAAAAGAAGCAUUGGCCAGCGACUUGAUGGGUAUGUUUGAGAAGCGUCGCUUCCGUAAUUUCUUGAUCUAUGUUCAAGACUUCAAGGAAGAUGAUCCAAAGACGUGGAAAGAUUUUGACCCACAAACUCAGAAUGCUCAAGCCCUUUACGAUAAAUUCGGUUUGGACAAGAAUACUCAAGAUUUUACCGGACAUGCACUGGCAUUGUAUCGUGACGAUGGCUAUUUGAAUGAUAAAGCCAUUACUACCAUUCAACGUAUCAAGUUGUAUUCGGAUUCGUUGGCUAGAUAUGGUAAAUCGCCAUAUUUGUAUCCGAUGUACGGUUUGGGUGAGUUACCACAAGGAUUUGCACGUUUGUCGGCCAUCUAUGGUGGCACUUACAUGCUGGACAAGCCAGUUGAUGAAAUUGUCGUCGGUGCUGAUGGCAAAGUGGUCGGUGUUCGUUCCGGCGAGGAAAUUGCCAAGUGCAAGCAAGUGUACUGUGAUCCGAGCUACAUUCCAGAUAAAGUACGUAAGACCGGUCAAGUGAUUCGUUGCAUUUGUCUUCUGGACCAUCCAGUUACCAAUACAAAGGAUGCAUUGUCAACGCAAAUUAUUAUUCCGCAAAAGCAAGUUGGACGUCAGUCCGAUAUUUAUGUAUCAUUGAUCAGUUACACGCAUCAGGUGGCUGCCAAGGGAUGGUUCAUCGGUAUUGUAUCGACUACAGUUGAAAGUGACAAUCCGGAAGCGGAAAUUUCGCCUGGCUUAGCCUUGUUGGCACCAAUUGCCCAUAAAUUCAUCGCUAUUUCGGACUAUGUCGUACCAACCGACAAGGGUCUCGAUUCGCAAGUCUUCAUCUCCGAAUCGUACGAUGCAACCACUCACUUCGAAACAAGUAGCUUGGAUGUGUUGGACAUCUUCAAACGUGGUACUGGCGAAGAGUUCGAUUUCUCCAAGAUUAAACACGAAUUAGGUGAUGAAGAUCAAUAAAAUGUUACACACAUAUACAUUUCAAAUGAGAAAAAAAAAACUAAUAAUAUACCAGUAAAGAUGAACAUUUUUCCAAUUGAUUUGAAAAAGCAAAUAACUUAAAAAAAAAAAAGAGAAAGAAAAAUGAAAAUCACCCAAAUCUAGAAUUGAACAAUAAUAUCUCAUGUUCUAAACGCGUUUCGCUUCGGCAACGCAAAAUUGUUCACAAAUAUUGAAAAAAAAGAAGAAAAAAUUAAACAAAUUAAGAAUUUGGCAGACACAUAAUUAUAUUAUAAACACAUGUUUCCCAAACUCUCUUCUUUUUUUAAAAAAACCAGUGGAAUAUUUAGUUUAAAAUAAUUAAGAAUUUCUGCAAGUUAAAGAAAAAUUAUGAAAAAUGCAUCAUGUUUAAACAGAAAAUAAUUUGAAUGGGCUUGAUUUUCGUUGUUUUUCCUCCUUCUUCCACACUUUUUCUUUCUAUCAUAUGUUUGAUGUAAUUUUUUGGAAAAUGAAAAUUUCAUUUUCUUUCCCCUGAUCAUUUUCUUGUUUUUUUUUUUUUUUAAUAACAAACCCCUUGAACUCUUCAACCAAGAGAGAGAGAGAGAGAGUUUUCAUCAAGUUAUAUAUGUUUUGUGAUUGAAAUUCCUAAGAAUUUAGUAAUUGUAAUGGCUAUUUACGAAAUCCCCACUGAGAGAAUAUUUAAUAUGGCUCAAAUUUAGGAACAUUUUUGCACCGCAAACAAUUUAUAUACAUAAUAUCAAAAUAACAACUUAAAAAAGAAGAAGAAGAAGAAAACAAGGAAACAUAAACAUCGAUAGGACAUCUCCCUAUUUCAGUUUUGCUUUAGGAGUAUCCGACUUUUUUUUCCCUCUUUUUUUCCAUAUCUCAACCAUCAAGCAAGUGUUAUGAGUUUUUCUUUAGAAAACAUCUUAUUACUAUACUAUCAAUAAGACGAAUAUAGUUUGCGCUUAAAUUGGCAAUAUUUUUUCUUUUAGUGGACAAAAAAUGGAACACAAUAAAAAAUGCAGAAUUUACUCUAA